AUGCCCAAGGUCUUCCUCGGUCUCCACAACGGCGCCAUCGGCUUCCGUAUCAGCGCCAGUGAUCUCGACGACAAUAACGAGCAGCUUUUCUACGACUUUGACGUUCCCACCGCCAUCUACAUCACUGACCACUUCAGUGUCAAGUCUCAGUUCGAACGGGGCUUCCACCUCGGCGGUACCGUCUUCAGGAACCGCAUUGUCAAGCGGCCCGUCGUCGGGGGCACCGUCAAGCCCGCCUACUACACCGGGUUCGGAAGUGCCACCAGCGCAGACGUCGUCAUCAGAGCUGACUCCCUCGACUCUUGCGAGCUCAGUGUCGCUUUCGUCUCUGAGCCCGAGCUCGGCCCUGCCCCCAUCCUCUGGUCCAAGCUCGAGCACAGCAAGUCUCACCCCGAGCCUGCCUCUGACAAUCACCACGAGCCUUGUCACCACAAUAGCCACAAAUCUGUCAACCUCCCAGAUCACGGAUCUUACCACCACCAGGGUCGAGACCUGGACAAUCAGUUCAUCGUCCACAGUGUUGGGUAUAUCAAGCACAGGUACUGCACCAAGUGGCAAUCCAUCUUCAGCCGAAACAUCGUCGACUGGAGGGCCAUACACAGAGUCUUCGUCUCCAAGCGGUACAAUUUCGAGUGCUAUAGUGUCAGGCCCUUCAUCUUCAAGCGCAGGGCCCUCUUUAUCGACCCAGACUGA